UUGUAUAAAUGAAGGACGGAAAACAGACAGACAGAUGGAUGUAAUCAACGCUGAUACCACUCCGGGAUUAUAGCAAUUUCCAUACAUCAGGAAGAAAGAAGUGAAGCAAAAGGACAAAUUUGUUGGAAUUAACUUGCUGCAGUGGACUGGAGGACAAAGAGGGAGCGAGUGAACGAGGGAGGAAUGGAUGAACUUAACACAAUUUAAAGUGGAUCAGUUUGAAAAGAGUCAAAAAAAAGAUUUGCUUUUCCGUCCGUCUGCCACGAGGCCGCAGACCUGCCCAGACCUCAGCUUCCCGCCGCAACACCACCACCAGCACAGAGUCAUUUUCUCAGCAUCAGCCUCUUGACGGGUGAAGUCAGAGCCGCGGGGGGAAGAUUGGGCUUGAUCCGCUUUCGGCUUUGCCAGAAGUGUCAGGGCACAUCACCGCGAGAGCUCAUUGUUUUUGCAGCGGCGGCGGCGGCAGCAGGAGGGAGCGAGAGACCGGGCGGCGUGUAGUAAUCUGAGGAUGACACCCGCACUUUAUUCCAUCAGAUAGUGCUCAGUGAGGUGUGUGUGUGUGUGUGGGAGCUGCAGCUUGUCACGCUUCUCCCAGGAAUUACAAACACGCCGAGGAAGUGUGAGGUCAUAGCGAUCAGCGAGAAUCUGCGCGGACCUGAAACACGGCGAGCUGACGUCUGAAAUGAUCAUGUAAAAUCCCUGUCCGUCUCCGCCAUAGUGUACACAUGAAAGGACAUCCAAAUAGCUAAUACUUGUAGAUGCCUGUGUUUGUCGCGUCAGAGAUUAAAGUGCAUUACUGCGGCAUGCUCAGACACUUCUCAUGUUUGUUACUCAAGCUACUUCCUCUCUGGCUUUAUAGAGUGGCACUUAAGCCCAGUGGAUUUUAAUUGAACCCCAGCUCCCUCCAGAUGAGUUGCAGUUAGACGGUGUCUUCGUCCCUCCGGAGUCCUGCCCCCCGUUUGGUUCCGGCUCAGGGGGAAAUUGACUUCAGUCUUGCCGAUUCACUGCAUGAGAGCUGCUGAAAACCUUCGACGACUCGUUAAAAAGGGCAAAUCUGUUGGAGAUUGAACACUGUUGGCCCAGAUUUCUCUGUCCUCAAGGGCACCGCAGUGUAGGUAGCUGGAUUUCAAAAGGUAGUUUUCAGCUCCGUGUCUGACUGAAAUAUACUUUUAUUGAUGUUUUCUGUUGCUGUGAGCAGCGUGGUUUGACCUGCCAGAGAGAAGCAGUCUAUUUGAUGUUGUGGUUAGUUGUGCGGUUGAUUAUCAGGACACCUGGGGCUCAGCGCUAACCGAGCUCUGCAGGCUAGAUUUGGUGCUUAGCUAAUUAAGUCGUUGCUCAUUUGGUUAAUUACUUUGCCAUUAUCCUCGCCCCGGUAUUGCAGGUCUGCUUUGGUCACAUUUGGUAUUGGUUUUUCUGGUUCAUUGAUUUCAGAGUCCUCGCAGCACCGCGGUGGAAAAUAUAUCUAGCCUUCGCGGCGUUUCCUUCGUUGUCAUACAUUGCUUAGACGGAACCGAGCCUCCGUGCCGCUUUGUAGCUGCAAAGCCUCUGCACUGUGCAGAUUUAAGACACUGCGUAUCACAAGUUUGUUCUUAGCAGCACAAGGUGUCAAAGCCGGGGACUUUCUGUUGCUCUAAGCUGAUUCCUCUGGUGCUAAGUCACUAGCGCUGCCUGCAGCGUAGCGCUGCUGCUGUGUACCGUGUUGUGUACCGUGUGCGAGGCCUUGGCUGUAGCACAUAACAACAACUUCUCUCUGACUGCAAGUGGAGAAUAGCCGGGGAGUUCGCGUGUGCGCGUGCCUGCAGCCUUGCAGAGGACAAGUCAGGGUGCUUCUGUAUGUGUGCACUAGUUUCUCUGGAGUAAAGGAGGCAGGGUCACAGAAGAGCCAUUGAGCAAACGUGCUCAUAAACACACACACAUAUACGAAGACACACACACGCACAGCUUUACAAUACACAAUGAAGGCCGUCCAGCGCGCUGACCUCCUCCCUGCCCCCUUCUCGCUGGCCCUGCGCUGCCUGGUGCUGGUCCUGCUCUGCAUCACUCCUCGCUGUCAGGCCGUGCAGGCGGAGAACGUUACAGUGUUGGAGGGGGGGACGGCCCAGAUCUCCUGCCGUCUGCAGAACUAUGACGGAUCAAUCGUGGUCAUUCAGAAUCCCCGCCGGCAGACGCUGUUCUUCAACGGCACGCGAGCACUGAAGGACGACCGUUUCCAGAUGGUGCUGUUCACGCCGCGGCUGGUGCGCAUCGAGUUGACCAACGUCAGUGUGUCUGAUGAGGGCGGCUACUUCUGCCAGCUCUACACGGACGCCACGCACCACCAGGUGGCCACUCUCAGUGUUCUGGUGCCCCCGGAGACACCCACCGUGGAGGUGAAGCAGGAAGGCGUGGAAGGCGGCGAUGCAGAGCUCACCUGCGUGUCACCGCGCAGCAAGCCGGCAGCCACCCUGCGCUGGGUCCGUAAUGGCCGGGAGAUACCAGGUCUGGUGUCCCAGCAGGACAACGGGAAGACGUUCAGCGUGUCCAGCACCAUCCGUAUCCCGGUAGAAAGGAAAGACAAUGGUGCCGCACUGAGCUGCGAGGCCUUCCACCCCGCGCUGAGCGGACAGAGGAGGGUUCGCCACUACCGCCUGGAUGUGUUCUUUGCACCGACAGUGAGGAUCGUUCCUCCGCCUGGCAUUUUGCGAGAGGGCGAUUCCCUCAGCCUCACCUGCUCUGUCACUGGAAACCCUCUGCCCAGGAACAUUCAGUGGUCCAAGAUCAAUGACACCUUACCUGAGAGGGCGGAGAUUUCUGGCCCCACCUUCCAGAUUUCCCGUCUCAGCCAGUCACACAACGGGACGUUCUUGUGCCAGGCCCAGAACAACUAUGGACGUGCUGCUGAUCAUUACACCCUCUUGGUGUAUGAAAAUGUGUCUGUCACCACAGUGGCCCCUCCCACUCCCACUACCUCCAUCCAACCAAUCACCUCCCAUCCCACCACCCCAUCCCUUCUAACAUCCAGCUCCACCUCGGACCCGGAAGAUCCCGGUGCAGUGGUGGAGGCUCGCAGUGCCAUGCCAUAUGCAGUGAUAGGUGGCGUUCUGGCACUGCUGGUGUUCACCGUCAUCUGUGUCCUCAUUGUCACCAUCUGGUGCUCCGUUCGGCAGAAAGGCUCCUAUCUCACCCAUGAGGCCAGUGGGUUGGAUGAACAUGGCGAGGUGCAGGAAGCCUUCCUCAAUGGGAACGACGCCAGCCAGGGCAAGAAGGAGUACCUACUGUAGCCCUUUCACCCUCCCUGUCCCCUUCUCUUCUGCCCUCAACCCUCCCUCCGCACCUUCCUUUCCUCCUACCCUCUCCCCGUCUCCUUCCUUAUAUUCAGUGUACACACACACACACACACACACACACACACACACUUGUAUACAAUGUGCCAUAACAGGCAGCCUU